CGGGCAAGCUGACUCAGGCGCUGGUGUCGUGGGAGGUGGCGGAGGAGCUGGAGGAGGAGCGGCUAGAGGAGCCGCCCAACAGGAAGCAGGGCGGCGAUGCUGCGGAGGGUCGAGCGCGAGGUGGCGCCGCGGGGGGUAGGAAUGGCAGGGGAGGAGCCGGCGGCGGAGGAGGCGGUCGUGGCGGUCGUGGCAGGGGCCGCAGCAGUGCCCCGCAGCAGCAGCAGCAGCAGGGACGUAGGGCGCCCCUUCCCCGCAUGACCGCAUCACCGCUGGAGACCGCCACAGCCCUCGCCGCCGCCAGCGGUGCCGCUGCUGCCGCUGCUGCUGCUGCCGCUGCUGCCGCUUCUGCCGGUGCCGCUUCUGCCGGUGCCGCUGCUGCAUGGCUGGGUGCAGCGCACAACACAGCAGGGAGCCCCGACUACAUGGACAUUGGCAGGCAGGUAGGUCACAAGCCGCUGGGCGCCUACAGUGCGGCCAUCCAGGGUGGCAUUACGGAGAAGCAUUGUGUUCCCGCCGGCCCCUUCGUGCGGGUGCUGGUGGAACGCGAUGGGAGGCUGCUGCAGGGGGAGGAUGCGUCAUGCAUGUGUCGUAUUGUGUGGUACAGCACGGGUUACGGCUAUUGGCGGUUGUUCCCCACGCCAGCGCCGGCGGUUGGGUGCUUCAUGGUGGGUUGGGGGGUGCUGCGGGGCUGCAUGCUGGUCAUGCGAGUGAGCUCGGGCAGGGCGGAGGGCGGUGGGGGCAGCAGACGAGGGCGAAAGCGGCGGGCCGUGGAGGCGAGUAACGAUGCACUCGGUGGUGGGGAGGAGGAGGAGGAGAUGGAGGAGGAGGAGGAGGAAGGAGGGCAUGAGAGUGGGGAGGAGGAAGGCGAGGAGGAGGAAGGAGUAGGGCAACAGGGAGGCGGCAAGGCAUGGGAACGGAAAGCUGAAAAUUAGCGCUAGAGCUAGAGCAGGCUUGGACUUCGGAUACUGACCGUACUAAAACGUAAGGGGCUGGCGCAAUGUUGGGAUUAGCUAGCGUGAGGUAGUUGCCUAGAUAGUCACUUUUGCAGCACCAUCCACCGUUUUGAUUGCAUGGUUUGGGCAGGUUAGGAUAUGUGUUUGGUUGGCGCUCGGGCGUUGCCGUCCAUCCACCCACUUCUGCUUGAGUGGCGUUCGGCCCGGUGGCCUGGCGGCAUGUGCCUCCAAACACGCUUUGCACUUACAACCCAAUCUACAGUGCCGUACCUCUUAUGGCCUUGCGAUGCUGACCUCCAGCUAAUGUACAUACGGACAGGCGUACAUAUGUGUGAUGUUGGCUACACUGCAGGGUUGGCUGAGAUGAGAAGCGGCACUGCUACUGCGCGUUCUGCACGUUCUCUGUUAAGGGGUCUCAAUACCUUCCUGGCCCCGUUACGACGAUGUGCAUCGUUGACGUCUGGUUUUAGGGUGCUUCCGCUCUCCAGGUUUUUCUUUUGUUCAAUCGUGUCGUUCGGUUGGGUUGCGUGGAAGCAAUGGUUGAGCUCGAAAGAGUGAGUGCGAAGUGGGGCUCUGCUAACUGAUUAAUGAGGUCAGAAGCAACUCGAUGUGCGCACGACACGUUACUACGACUGGUUAUACGUACGUUAAUAUUGUAGGGCAAGGAGGUAUCUUUAAUACCCGUGGGUCAUGUACAGGGGUUAUACAGCUAUGCAAACCCUGUUCUUUUUAUGGCAGUUGCCGAAC